AUGUUAGUAUUGGGAACCAUUUCCUACAUUUCAUAUGUUUAUUUUCACAUAGAAAGACCAUUGGUCAAAAAAAAUGUUGAAGUAAAACACACGCCAAAGGUGGCAUCAGACUCUGUGACAGAGUUCUCAGUGAUAUCAAACCAAUUGACUGUGACAAAGCCACCAACAGCAGCUGAGACAUUGGAGAACUUCAAUAGGUCUCUGCUGACCAUCUUACUUUGGACAUGGCCAUUAGGAUACGAGUUUCCUCUAAAUAGGUGUCCACGAAAUGAAAACUCCGGCUGUUUCUACACCAUGAAUCGCAAUGAGUACCCCAUAGCAGAUGCUGUUGUUAUUAGUCAUAGGGAUGUAUAUAAGUCAGAAGAGCUUUUACCUCCAGUGCCAAGACCAUCCGACCAAUACUGGAUCUGGUUUAGCAUGGAGUCUCCAACCAACUGCCCAAAUUUAACGCUCAUGGACAACAAAAUUAACCUCACAAUGUCCUACCGACUCGAUUCAGAUAUAUAUAUUCCAAAUGGAUGGCUAGAAAAAGUUGAUGGAAAAGAAAAUUUUACAAUCCCCCACAAGUCAAAGUUGCUGGCAUGGGUGAUUAGUAACUGGAAGACAAAGUACAGAAGAACCAAAUAUUACGAGGAGUUAAAGAAAUACAUUUCAAUUGAUGUGUAUGGAAAAUAUGGUUUGCCUCUUCUGCGGAACGAGACUUUCCAAACCCUGGCAACGUAUAAGUUCUACCUCGCUUUUGAGAAUUCCAUACAUGAGGAUUACAUCACGGAAAAGUUCUGGAGAAAUUCAUUAAUGGCAGGAACUGUGCCUGUUGCCAUGGGUCCUUCACGUAAAAAUUAUGAACGUUUCAUUCCACCUGAUGCUUUUAUUCAUGUUGAUGACUUUUCAUCUCCUCAAGAACUGGCCAAAUAUCUUCUGGAUUUAGAUAAGGAUGAGCCACGAUAUCGACAGUAUUUUAACUGGAGGUUCAAAUAUCGGCCAACGCUAUCCAAAACUGGGUUCCUACCAGCAUACUGCAAAAUAUGUAGAGCAUUGAAAGAGGUCCCUCCUUAUAAGACAAUACCAAGUAUUGCUGAAUGGUUCAAAUGA